AGACAUCUGAGUGCCAAUCGUGUCAUUUAGACUGUACAAACCAGAGAACAGCAGCAAUUUCGUCGUGAUUAGUGACGGUUUCUGUAAAAUUUAUUAAUAAUGGGUGAUGAGGAGAAAGUGAUUUUUGGCGGAGAUCUAACUACAGAUCUUUCAAAAUCAUUCAGUUCUUUGGGUGAACUUUGUUAUUAUUACUUAAAUAAAAAUCGAGAUAAAAGUAGAUUGAUUGAUGGGGUCACUGGGAGAAAAUUCUCUUUCGGUGCAAUUAAGGACAAAGCCCUUCAUUUAGCAGAGUUUUUCCGCCAAGUCGGGAUUAAAGAAGGAGAUGUUAUUGGGAUUUGUUGUGAAAAUCGCAUUGAAUUCACAAUUACUAUGUACGGUGCAUAUUUUGUUGGAGCAACAAUUGUUGCCAUUAAUUAUCUCUUCAAAGAUCUGGAGAUGAACCAUAUAAUUCAACUGACUCAACCUAAAAUAAUAUUUGGCUCAGAAUUCGCCAUUGAGAAGGUCUUCAACACGUCUAAAAAAUUCUCCUUCAUUGAAAAAGUUAUUCAAUACGGUGAUACUGUGUUAAUUGAUGGAAUUCGUGCUUUUGAGGAUAUUCUAAAGGACAAGAGAUAUACCAUACGCGAGGAAGACUAUGUGUAUCCAAAGAAAGAUCUCAAUAGGAAUGCUAUAAUUGCGCUGUCUUCAGGAACAACAGGACUCUCAAAAGGAGUGCAGAUCACUGAAUCGAAUCUUAUGGCCACAUUAUCAAUUUUAAAAGACUUGACUAAACUGAUUGCACUUAGUGAUGCGAUCAUCAUGAGUUCCACUCCAUGGUCACAGGCUCUCGGUUUUAUUACGCAAAUUCGAUGCGUAGUUGAAGACUUUACUGUCAUUUUCAUCCCGAGAUUUGAAGAACGUCUAUUCUUGAGCUGUAUUGAAAAGUAUAAAGUUACUCAUCCUAUGAUUAAUCCUCAUACGGUACUUUUCUUGGCUAAAAGUCCCCUGGUAGAGGAGUAUGAUCUAUCCAGUCUUCAAAUAUUGUUUUGCGGAGGAGCUCCCCUGAGUAAAGAAUUGGCAGAGCAUGUCAAAUUAAGACUACCUAAUAUCAUAUGGAUUCGCCAGGGAUACGGUCUUUCUGAAACAUUUUUGGCUAUAGGCAACGUUGGCAUAAAGACUAAACCAGGAAGUGUUGGAACUGUUGUAAAAGGAAGCUAUUGCAAAGUUGUUGACCCAGCAACUGGUAAGAGCCUUGGACCCAAUGAAAUAGGAGAAUUGUACUUCAAGAGUCCACAGAUCAUGAAAGGUUAUAUUGGGAAUGAUGCUGCUACGAAGGAAGUAUUCGAUCCUGAAGGAUGGCUUCGUACAGGAGAUCUUGGAUAUUACGAUGAGGACGAAUUCUUCUUUAUUGUGGAUAGGAUAAAAGAAGUGAUCAAAUAUAGAGCAUUGCAAGUGCCACCAGCUGAACUAGAAGCUCUCCUUCUGAGUCACCCCAAGAUCGCUGAUGCAGGUGUUACAGGGAUUCCGAAUGAGGCUGAUGGUGAGCAUCCAAUAGCUUUUGUGGUGAAGAAGCCAAGUGAGGAAAUUACUGAACAGGAGAUAAAGGACUACAUUGCCAAUCUUGUAAUCGAUAUCAAAAGAUUGCGGGGUGGAGUAAGAUUCGUAAACAGUAUACCUAAAAACGCAAUGGGUAAAAUUUUAAGGAGAGAGCUUAAAAAAUUAAUUGAACUACAAUCCAAGAUAUAAUGGAAUUAUUGAAUUGAAAAAAAAAGCCUAGAUAAGAUUAUGGUAGCUCAUACUUUUGUGAUAGAUCGUAUUUGUCUUUUAUUCCCAAGAGUUAAAUCAUAAUUUAAUUCGCAAAUAUUCUGGAUUAUUAGUAUUUUGAGGUUGCCAGUAAAUAUUGUCAGCUGCGAUAAGCUAAUCUGGAUUUAUCACAUUGGUUGAUGUAAUAAAAUGAAUAAAUUUUACAUCUGAAUUAUAGGAUGAACCAAGUCAAUAAAGGAAAUGGUACAAUGGGUGCAAUGGUUCUUAGUGAUUUGGAUUAAAAAAACGCAAUUGAAUUGAAUA